CACUUAAGUACCUGUCAGUUGGAUAUUUCUGCACUGCAUUCUUAUCUUCCUUUGUGAAGCACGUCAGCUAUAACGAACCUUUCAGGUCACUUACUAUAAAGACGAGCACUUACUGCCUUACUGAUGCUUAUCAUAAACUUCUUUCUGUGCUUCCAUGCAGAUUGCAAAUUGCAAUAUUGCAGUGAGCUCUUGUCUGAUGACUGGUUCCAUGAGUUCCUCUAGUAGACAAGAAGAAACCCAUGCUCAGGAUGUGUGUGAGAAACAAACCACAUCAUUCUUGUCACAGUCAAGUCACCCUUCCUUACAGUAUUCCCAGAACCCAAACUACCCAAACUUGAGCCCAUGCCUCUACCGGUGCAUUGCCACUGUCAAAGGCGACUCAUCCUACGUAUCCGGCCUCGCCGUCGUAGGCGAUUCACUCUACUUCGCCUCGUCGGACGGGCACAUCAAGCUGCGGCCCCUGGACAUGGCCAUGGACGUGCAACGGGCUGAGCAGGCCAGCUCUACGGUUGCAAUCACCAAUAGUUCCAUAAAGUGUGUUGUCGCCACCAGCAACGGACUCAUCAGCGCGCACCAGGACGGUAAGAUCAGAGUGUGGCACGCCGGUCGGAGGAACGGGAGCUGCCACCUUGCGCUGCGCGCCGUCCUGCCGACCGCCGCGGACUGCCUGCGCACGUUCCUGUCCCCGAAGAACUACGUGGAGGUCCGGCGGCACCGGAAGCGCACCUGGGUGCACCACGUCGACGCGGUCACCGCGCUCGCGCUGUCCCCAGACGGCGUGCACAUGUACUCCGUGUCAUGGGACCGAAGCCUCAAGGUGUGGCGGCUGCCCGGCCUCCGCUGUGUGGAGUCUGUCGCGCGGGCACACGACGAUAGCAUCAACGCCGUGGCCGUGUCGGCCGACGGGCACGUGUACACUGGGUCGGCCGACAGGACGAUCAAGGCGUGGAGGCGCCACCGGGGGCAGAGGAAGCUCGCGCUGGUCAGCACCAUGGAGCGCCACAGGUCCGCGGUGAACGCGCUGGCGCUGGGCAUCGAGGGGCAAGUGCUCUACUCCGGCGCGUGCGACAAGACAGUCAUCGUGUGGGAGCGUGCAGGCGAGCAAGUGGCCGCCACAGCCACGCUCAGGGGGCACACGAAGGCCGUACUGUGCCUGGCCGCGACCGGGGCCGAGGUUUGCAGCGGUUCGGCGGAUAGGACGGUGAGGGUCUGGAGGCGGGGAGCGGCGGCGGCGGGCUAUACGUGUCUGGCCGUGCUGGACGGCCAUGCUGGAGCAGUGAAAAGCUUGGCGUUCGUGAGUAAAUCGGGAGGUUAUUGCGACGAAUGCUGCUCGUGCCGUGGCUGCUCCUGCUCUGCAGCUCUUGUUUGCAGCGGAUCGUUGGACUCUAAUCUAAAGAUUUGGAGGGUGAAUUUUUCUUGUUUAUGAAUUAUGAGUACUGCAACCGCACGCGGGAUGAAUAGCUGCUACUACUACUAGAGCUGCCUGCUUCAGAAUUUUAGAUGCAAUCAGCAGAAAAGAGGUCAAAAUUCCUUCAAUUUUGGGGUUUAAUGAGAACAUUGUAGUGUAGUUUGAUCACUAGAUGCAAGGCGCUGUUUCUCAAAUAAGCUAAGCACUGGAAUGGUUUAUAUGUAAA